CGGGAUGAGGAAGAAAUUAGUGCCAGAGGAGAGACCUGUAUGCAACGCAGUCGCUGUGUACCGGGAACGAGGGAAUUACUUGCAGCGCUUGGAGCAGUUCGAGAAAGCGAUACAGGCGUACAACGAGGCGUUGCGAUGGAACAGCUCAGAUGUCCGUUCUCUGCUCGGCCGUAGUUUGGCGCGCGUCAAGACUACUCACUAUACCCAGGCGCUAGACGAUGCUGCAAAGGCUGCAGAAUUGGAGCCGGAGAAUCUUUCAGCAUUGCAAAUCCGAGCGCAAACCAACUACGAAAAAUGUGCUUUUGAGCGCGCAUUGGUAUUGGCUCACCAAGGGCAGAGCUUGCGUCGGUUGCCACCGAAUUUUGCCGAGUGCGCCAGGCAUGCUGAAGAAACGGUUCGUGAAUGUGCAGGGAAAAGCGCCGGAAAAAUGCUCUCAUCCGUAGCGACUCUAUACCGUAGCGUGGAGCUGAAGAGAGAAUCAAUGGACGCCAAUGCACCUGUGAUCAUAGUGCGCCAAAGUCGUAUGCAGCCGAAACCUACGCAUCAGGUACAAGAAAUAUCUCGCGCAGAGAGCCAGAGGGCCGAGCAAAUAUCCCGGCUUAUGGCGUCAAAAUAUUUGGAGAGGAUGGCUCAUGACAAGUCUUUCCUCACGGCUCUCAGUAAGGACGAGCGGCUCAUCUCAGCCAAUAAGCAAGGCUCGAAAAUGCUGCAGGAGCUUGCCAAUAAGGCGCUGGCUGAUGUGGAGAAAAGACAGGCAGUCCUUCGCGAGAGACGUCCCCUCUACGCUGCACGCGCUUCAGAAGCAGCGGCGCGAGCGCGUCUUUCACGCGCACGAAAAGAACAACUCACUCGUGCGCAAAAGCAACACGCGGUCGACGCCAAGCGCCUAGUCAGAGCAGCGCAGAUAGCCUACGAAGAAAGAGACACAGCUAAAUGCCUGGAGAGUGCCGAGUUUGCGAUGGACCAGAUCGCAAAGAAGAACAGCAAUCUUCUGCCGGCCAAAGAGAAGUUUUUGCAGCAGCUGUAUGAUAUCGUGGCGAAUGCGUUCUUGGAUCAGAAACGUGUCAAAGACACAAUGAGCGAGUCUGACCGGGAGAAGCGAGCCUUCGUACUGCUGGGAAUGUACAUGUCUCGGGAACCAAGCAGAGACUCGGUGCUUCGGGCCCGGCCACAAGCCCCACCCCGAGACGCAAAGUCGCGCCUACGCAUCUUAGAAAGGAACCUGGCAAUGAGCACUAGGGCGCCAGAACGCUGCUACAUUCUCCACGAACUGGCAAGGCUCUUAAUGGAAACGAAGCAAGCGCAUAGAGCACGAUUCUUCGCUUUGAAAUGUCAAUCAGAAGCGCGCACCGCUGGUCAGCACAUUUGGCUGCUAAACUCGACGUUUCUGCUGGCCCGCUGUCACUUGCUUCAGAACAACCGACCCGAAGCACGCGCAGCGUUGCUAGAAGCAGCUGGGCUCUCACGGUCGUACGGCUUCGGAGAUGUUGCUGGGUUUCUUGACACGUGCGUAAAUAUUUCACUGGAAGGCGAGGUUGGAACCACGGAAGCGAUACUGGAGAAACGUGAAAAGGCGAUGGUCAGUCUGAUGCAAGAUGACGACCUUCGAAGUGCAGCAGAACACCUGUUCAGACGUAUGUCUGUCAUCCCGGCUGCCAGGCGCUUCUCAAUAAUGCCGGGCACGCGCGUGGAGGAGGCGCCCACGAACCGCCGAAUGUCCAUCAUACCGCGCACGCAGCAGCCGGCCACGGCUAGGGGCGUGCAGAGGCAGCUUCACCCACUGGGAUUCCAGGAGUUCGAUAUUUGA